UUUGACAUUUUUGUGGUUUUCUGAUUGUAGCCAGCGCACUGGAAGGAGAGCCAUCAAUAACCCAGCACUUUUCAGUGCUGCAAACUACUGGCUUUCCGAAGAAGAAGAAAACGGGAAUAUUGUUUUCCACAGGCUCAAUAACAGAAAACGGUCUGCAAACGCUAUUCUGGCGGAACUAUGGGAUUUUGAAAGGAUGCUGGUGGCGAUCUAACUAGUGCCGCGCUCGUCUUUUGCUAAACGUUGGAAGUUGGAAGGUCUACCUGCUCGAUUUCGGAACAUUUGUUUUCUGCAGAGUGGUACGCUCGAGGGGAGCCUUUUUGAGCUAACGGUAUAGAAAUGAUCAAGAAGUAACACUCUUCAAGACUCCCAUCUCUAGUAGAAACGUACAGCUUUAUAAAACACAAUGAAAGACGAUUUUGCUGAUGAGGAGGAAGUACAGUCCUUUGGAUACAAGAGGUUUGGAAUUCAAGAGGGAACCCAAUGCACCAAGUGCAAGAAUGACUGGGCACUGAAGGCAUCCAUUGUGCUCCUGUACAUCCUGUGCGCCUUGCUAACAAUAGCAGUAGCUAUUCUUGGAUACAAAGUUGUCCAAAGGGUAGACAGUGUGACUGAGGGAAUGGAGAAUUAUGGCGGCAAGAUCUCAGCUGUGGAGACAGACUUAAAGAAGCUUGACGAUCAAGCUGGGGAGAAGUCAGAGAAUACCACCAGUGAGAUGCAGGCCUUCAAGUCCAACAUCCAGCUGCUCCAGAGGCAGCUGAGUGACAUCGUGAAGAAGGCCAACAGCAACAAGGCUGCCCUGGACAAGCUGCAGGAUGCAGGCGAGAGCAUGCAGUCCAGCCACAGCUCCCUGCAAGGACUGCUGGACAGCAACGCUGACAUGAUCCGCAGCAUCAACGGCACCCUGCUCACCUACAGUGGCUACAUCACCAGCCUGCAGGACGACACGGCCCGGCUGCAGGCUGACCUGCAGGGCCAGGUGAGGGACCAGAGCCAGACGCUGGUCAGCAUCAACAGCCUCAACCUCACCCAGGCCCAGCAGAGGAACCUCAUCAGCACCCUGCAGAAGUCUGUGGACGACACCAGCCAGGCCAUACAGAAGAUCAAGAAUGACUUCCAGAGCCUGCAGCAGACGGCACGGCAGACGCGCACCGACUCCGACUGGCUGAAGGAGAAAGUUCAGAACCUGCAAGCACUGGCCACCAACAACUCGGCCUUGGCCAAAGCAAACAAUGAGUCCCUGGAAGACAUGGGGACCCAGCUGGCCAACCUUGCCAGCCAGAUCCAGAACACAUCGGUGCUGAUGGAGGGGCAUGACCAGAGCCUGCGGGAACUCAUGGACCAGCAGCGGGACCACGACAACGCCACCUCUGCCAAGUUUGACAGCUUUGAGGUGCGACUAGACCACUCGGAGCAGGACAUCGACCGUAUCACGGGCAACAUCAGCUUCACCACCCAGCUGCUGGGGGCCAUCAACACCAAUCUCAACGACCUGCGCAACUGCGCCGAGACUGUGGGCCACCACACUGACUACCUGGUCAACCUCAACAACACCAUGAUGGACAUCCGGGCGGACGCGGCCUCACUGCGCUCCCAGCAGGACGACUUGGCUGCCCGGCUGGACAAGGAGGUGUCCAGCCUGUCCAUCGUCAUGGACGAGAUGAAGCUGGUGGACAGCAAGCACUCUCAGCUCAUUACUAACUUCACCAUCCUACAAGGUCCUCCUGGUCCUAGGGGUCCAAGAGGAGACAAAGGGCCCCAGGGUCCAGUGGGGCAACCUGGCCAGAAAGGGGAGAAAGGAGAGAAGGGGAGCCCAGGCGUACAGGGCCCCCGAGGAGAAAAGGGCUCAUCUGGACCCCCAGGGGUGCCAGGGUUCAAAGGUCAGCCUGGAUCUCGGGGAAGUCCCGGUCCGAAGGGAUCGCGAGGAUCAGGGGGCAGGGCAGGUGCUCCAGGGGCCAAGGGUGAACCCGGCCCACCCGGACUCCCCGGGAGAGAUGGACAGCCAGGCCCGCAAGGGCCACAGGGGCCGCCAGGUGUACGAGGGGCGGUCGGAGCUCCUGGAGCACAAGGACCUCGGGGCCCAGUGGGACCUGUGGGCCCUCCAGGGCCACCUGGGUUGCCAGGACUCCCCGCACGACCAGCAACAGGCCCUGUGGCCCCUGUGUCUCUGCAGAGCGAGGUUCCCGUUCCUACCACCAGAACCCCAGGUUGCCCACCACAAUGGAUCAGCUUCAGAGAGAAGUGCUACUUCUUUACGACAGAGGCACGCAAUUUUGAUGAGGCAAAGAAAAGCUGUGAAGAAAAGUCCUCAUCCAUGGUCAUCAUUAACGAUAUGGAGGAGCAGCAAUGGUUGCAAAAGCAGAUAGCUGGGAAGAGGUUCUUCUGGCUGGGCCUGACGGAUAGGGAGGAGGAGAAUGUCUGGCGCUGGGUGGAUGGGACCGAGCCGACUUUCACGAAGUGGAAGCCAGGCCAGCCUGACAACUGGAGCCACGGACACCAGCAGGGGGAGGACUGUGCUGGGCUGAUCCACCAGGGCUUGUGGAACGACUUCUUCUGCGACGAUCUGAACGGCAUCAUCUGCGAGAUGGACAUGGAGAGCUCAAAGGCAUCAGGAUUAUAGCACCUGUUGAGGAGAGAAGAGGAGAGGGAUGUGUGGUGGGACUGAAGCCUUCUGAAGAGCCUCAGAGUUGGGCCAGAUGUUUCACAGACCUUGAACUGGCACCUUAGCUUUGUGAGGUCAAAAGACGCUCUUUUUGGAGUCAGAGGGAGGAGAAACAACACACUUUGUGAUUGCAGUUUUUUUGUCAAUGACAUGGAGCCUUACUGAUGAGAAGAUUCACUCCAUCCCCCAGAAAAGAAGUGCUCCACUCAUAUGGUCAUUUCAGCUACGCAGCACCAUGACAAUCAAGACAAGAUGAAAAUGAUGAUUUCUUUUAGUUAUUUAGUCAAAAAUCGAAUUAAUUGAAUCAUGUAGUUUUUUUUUUGUCCUUUUAUGUUUUAUUAAAAUUCCAUCCCAGUUAUGACUGUAGUUCACUAUGUGCCUAAUUUUCAGAAUAUAUA